CUGAAGGCACCAAACUAUGCAAGCUCCCUCUCCCGAGCUGCUCCUGCCUGUGGCCCUUCCUGGGAGAAGGGAUAGGGGAUGGGGUGGAGGAGCUGGAAGGGUGCUGAGCUCGGGGCUCACCCGACGCCUUACGCUGGGCCCUACAACUGUUAACCUAGACCUAAAACCCCCCCCCAGAUUAAGACCUUUCCAAGUGGCAUCCCAACACUUUGAAUCCACCCAACAACACUCCUUUGCCCACGAAUUUUCAAAUCCGAAUUUCAAACGCCCCAGGGGUGGUUUGACUCCAGGUUUAAGUCGUUUCCCCUGGUUUUAUGAAAUCCCUGAAGCUGUGGGACAGAGUCGGUGCUCCUGGGGGGUCACUCCUGCUCCCUCUGGCUCCUCUGGCCUUGGAACAAAGGCCAGAGAGGGCAGCUUUUCCCUCAAACUGCAGGAAUUCCAAUGGACUUUACCCCCGGGACAGGGAUGUGCCACAGGCUCUGCCCCUGCUUGUUUCACCCCGGAUUUUGAGCCGAGAUGGUUUAAAACCAAACCUUUGACUGUUGUGUGGGCACUUGGGUUUAAGUUCCAGUUUCCCAUGUUCAUUUUUCCCCAAAUCAGAGCAGCAGCUUUAUUUUGGGGUUGGGAAUAUCCUCCAGCUGUGCCGGGAGCUCUGGGAGCAGGGAUGCCCCAUGGCACAGGGGGGAAGGCAGGAGGCGACAUUUCACUGCUGGUUCCUCGAGUUUUGGGAGAAUUUCUCUGCAAUUUGGUUAAACCCAUCCCGAGGGAUGCUGGCUUUGGGUGGGGGUGGGAAGUGCCCGGACCCGCUCGCUGCUUUAUUGGGUUUGGGGGGGGGGGGGAGAGAGGGAAAAUGCAGAAAACCUGGAGGAAAAGCACCAAACCUGCCCCGGGGAGGGAUUUUUCCACUGGGAUGGGGACAGGGAGGCUGCAAUGUGACCCCAAGGUCAAACUAAGUGCACUUACUGGUGUGGUUGGAAUUCAAAUCGCUGCCAUCGGAUCCUGGUGGAAGAAAACUUUGUCUUUCAGGGUGUGUAAAACCCGUUCUUGGGAUUUUCUUUGAUUUUAUUAAAUGAGAUUCACCUUUGCCGCUCCCCGACCCCCUCGGCGGGGGAGGCCAGGGCAGCUUUGGGUCUCACUAACUCUGAGUGACCUGAAUUAAUUCUGCAGUGGUUUAUUCACAAAAAAAAAAAAAAAAAAAAAAACAACAAAAAACAAAACCAACCUUUUUUUUAAUUAUUAUUAUUAUUAUUAAUUCCGUAUUAAUUGGUGAUAUUCGGCCUCCUGGUGAGCAGGGCUGGAGCGGCGCGGUCGGGCUGUACCUGCGGCCUCGUUGUGCUGCCACAGACUCACUGACAAUAAAAACCUUCAGCUGA